UAAACCCUUCUCAGCCUCAACCUCAACUCCGCUCAACUCCAUUCCCAACCUCGCUUCAGAUCUACACACUCUAAUCCCACUAUUCAUACAUUAAUCAUUGUUGAUUAAUUAAUUAAUUAAUUAGAGACAUUGGCGAUGGUGGAGGCACAGACAUGGACAACCCGAAGAAUGAGCAAUCCGAGGUUGGACACACACAACGACCAAGUAGUCGACAUCCCUCCCACACCCCCGGGAGACCUCCGUAACAACUUCGGAUCCAACAACGUUUCUCCCACACUCUUAACGGCGUUGAUAAUCGCUUCAUGGUACCUCUCCAACAUCGGUGUCCUUCUCCUCAACAAGUACCUCCUCAGCUUCUACGGCUACCGUUUCCCCAUCUUCCUCACAAUGCUCCACAUGCUAUCCUGCGCCGCCUACAGCUACGUCUCCAUCAACUUCCUCGAAAUCGUUCCCCUUCAACACAUCCACUCCAAAAAACAGUUCCUCAAGAUCUUCGCCCUCAGCGCCAUCUUCUGUUUCUCCGUUGUUUGCGGCAACACCUCCCUCAGGUACCUCCCUGUUUCCUUCAACCAAGCCAUCGGCGCAACCACGCCGUUUUUCACAGCCAUAUUCGCUUUCUUAAUCACCUGUAAAAAAGAAACCGCAGAGGUUUACCUCGCUUUGUUACCCGUUGUGUUUGGGAUCGUCGUCGCCAGCAAUAGCGAACCCUUGUUUCACUUGUUCGGGUUUUUGGUUUGCGUUGGUUCCACUGCGGGCCGCGCUUUGAAGUCGGUGGUUCAGGGGAUUCUGUUAACGUCUGAAGCAGAGAAGCUUCACUCCAUGAACUUGCUUCUCUAUAUGGCUCCCAUGGCGGCGUUGAUAUUGCUUCCUUUUACGCUCUAUAUUGAAGGGAAUGUGUUGGGUUUGACCGUCGAGAAGGCUAAGGGGGAUCCGUUUAUUGUGUUCUUGUUGGUUGGGAAUGCCACGGUGGCGUAUUUGGUGAAUCUGACGAAUUUUCUGGUGACGAAACAUACGAGUGCUUUGACGUUGCAAGUGUUGGGGAAUGCUAAAGCUGCGGUGGCGGCGGUUGUUUCCGUUUUGAUAUUUAGGAAUCCGGUGACGGUGAUGGGAAUGGCGGGGUUCGGCAUCACUAUCAUGGGUGUGGUGCUUUACAGCGAAGCCAAAAAAAGGUCCAAAGUUACAACUCAUUGAUUCAUUCUCACGUGAUUCUCAACUCAACGUUCCUUUUCUUUUUACACGUUCCGUUUCAAGGUGGUUACAGUUCAACAACAUCCAAUGAUCCAAAACAUUGAAAAAUGACAUCCUUUACAUACAUGCAUUUGGCCUAAUCUCGGAAAUUGGCUGCUGGUACGAUAUCUGCGUCAAGCAGGUUGAAAGUUAGAUUGCGUCUUUCUCAAUAUAGGUAUUUAAGAUAUAGGC